AUGUCUGCAAACAAUAUUCUUUUCUCUAGCGAUUUAAUCUCACCUGAAGUUAAAGCUGCACUACCUGAGGGAUACACCAUUAGACCUUUAGCGAGUGAUGAUUAUGAACGAGGUUUUCUUGAUGUAUUGGCCGUUCUCACUUCUAUUGGGGAAAUCUCGAAAGCACAGUUCCUUGAACGGUUUUACUAUUUGAAAGCACAUAAUCAUGAGUAUUUUACUAUAGUAAUCAUCUCGCCUGAAGAUCGCGUUGUGGGAGCUGGAACAAUCUUU